AUGCGGAUUUAUCUUUCGUUGUCCCAAUUUCUCCAGUUAUCCCUAAUCGUGAUUCCGCUUGGAGCAUCCGAAAAAACUAUUACAUUUCCGUGGGUGGGAUAUGGUGAUGACUACUUCCAUGGCUACGAGGGCCGAGUCGUUGGUUCAAGCGGCGACAAAACAUCGUACACAAUCAAUUGCCCACCAACCGCCACAUCCUGUUAUAAGUUUUCUACCCCUAUGACUUUUGUUCUCCAACCGAACGCCUACCAUAUCGAAUGGGAUCAGGGGUACUCUUACACGAGCUCUUGGUGCUCUUUCACUGGUAGUCCAACUCCAACGACUGCGGCUUGCUUCUACAGCCAGUCAUAUGAGUUGCGUUCAACCACUGUGACAAGAGAGUUAUCAUACAACGUUCCGGGCCCUUCGGUGUAUUACGUUAUUCAUACUGCCUCCAUGAUAGUUGGAGGCAGUGACGCACCAACUAGUACUGGCACUCGGACUGCGACUACGAGUAGUUCUGCGAGUGAAGUUUCGGGAAUUGGCACCUCGGACAUGACAUCCAAAGUUCCGAGUUCCAGUACCGAUGCUGCGCCCACUACAACAUCUGUUCCACUCACUACAACACCUGCUGCACCGACUACAACAUCUGGAAAUCUUGCUCCUCAGACACCCGCACCCUUGAUACUGGUCGGUGGACUACUUGCGGGAGCUCUGCUGCUGUAA